CUCUCUUUCUCUAAUCAUAUGAACAAAAUAAUCGGCUUCAAGAAUUAGGGUUUUGAUCAGUCACAAAAACGUAUCUCUUUCCGUAGUCUUCACUCAAGAAUAUGCAAGAAGCGGCGCUUGGUAUGAUCGGAGCCACCGUAGGCGGAGACGGAGACGCCGCGGCGGUGGCGGAGCAGAAUAGACAGAUGAAAGGUGAGAUAGCGACACAUCCGAUGUAUGAACAGUUAUUAGCCGCACACGUGGCAUGUCUAAGAGUAGCUACUCCGAUAGAUCAACUUCCGAUCAUUGAAGCUCAGCUUUCUCAAUCUCAUCAUCUUCUUCGUUCUUACGCUUCCACCGCCGUUGGAUACUCCCACCAUGAUCGCGAGCUCGAUAAUUUCUUGCUGCAACAGCACGUGAGGGUUCAUGCCGUCGAAGCUGUUAUGGCUUGCCGUGAAAUUGAGAACAAUCUUCAUUCUCUUACAGGAGCAACGUUAGGAGAAGGGUCAGGUGCGACUAUGUCGGAGGAUGAGGAUGAUAUUCAGAUGGACUUCUCGUCUGAUAAUUCCGGCGUUGAUUUUAGCGGCGGCCACGAUAUGACGGGAUUUGGUCCGUUGCUACCGACUGAAUCGGAAAGAUCUCUUAUGGAAAGAGUCAGACAAGAACUUAAACUCGAACUCAAACAGGGUUUUAAAUCAAGAAUUGAAGAUGUAAGAGAAGAAAUAAUGAGGAAAAGAAGGGCUGGGAAAUUGCCAGGAGACACAACUACUGUCUUGAAAAAUUGGUGGCAACAACAUUGCAAGUGGCCUUACCCUACUGAAGAUGACAAGGCAAAAUUGGUGGAGGAGACAGGAUUGCAGUUGAAGCAAAUCAACAAUUGGUUCAUUAACCAACGCAAGAGGAAUUGGCACAACAACUCUCACUCCCUCACUUCCUUGAAAUCUGGAGGAAUCGAAGUAACAAGAGGAAGAAUCAGAGGAACACGAGGGCUAUGGUGGCUAGGGUUUGAUUUCGCAACGGAGAGUAAAAGGGAGAGAAACGACAUGACUUGAGGAUCUAAUUACGCUCGUUUCUUCUUGUGAUUACGGAAGAAAGCGGAACUAGGGUUUUGUUCUGUUGAGAAAAGGAAGAUGAUUCAUCUCGUUUUGAAUCGAACUUAAGGAUUUCGUCGGAGGAGAAGCUUGAUUCUGAAUUUGGCGAAUUGGUGACAGAAGAGCAAGGGAUUUGGAGAUAGUCAGAGUCAGAGAUAUUGAGAAAAAAGCUUGGGAAGUGAAACUAUGGAGUGAGAGGGAUAAUAAAAACUUAUUAGCCGC